UUGUACGAACAGCAUUUCAGUGCAUGAUGCUCAAAGUUACGGCUAAAAGGAUGAACAAAAGCUUGGACACCUUCACUUCUAAUUUAACACAAAAUCAAAGAAAGCAGCUCUGUGGUUUGCUGGGGAACGUUGACCUGACUCUUCUCUACAAAGCUUCUGUUCAUGGAUAUACUGCUUCUGCCUUCCAUCAGCGAUGUGACCGUCAGGGUCCCACUUUACUUGUAGCCUAUAACAGAUCAGGCUACAUCUUUGGUGGAUACACUAGUGUAGAUUAUACUCAAAGCGGACGAGAAAUAAUAGAUGAGGAAGCUUUCCUGUUCAACUUUCAAGGAAAGAACCCUGUGUGCAUUAAAGUUAACAGUGGAUAUGAUGCCCGUCUUGAUGACACUGGAGGACCCAACUUUGGCGAACAGUUGUACUUUUGCUACAACAACCAACCAGCUGUGUAUCAUCAAGGACAGAAUGUAUAUGGUGGAUAUGGAGUGAGGGUUAAUCCAUUCGAUUUUAAUCCUGCCACACUGUAUGGGAAUGACACUCAGCUGAAUGAAUGUGAGGUGUACAAAGUGGAACAGAAAAAAGAUCCUCAGAUCAGUGCCAAGGUGAAGCCGUGGAGAAAUGUUCUGUGGACAGCAAAACAAAGAGACGAGCUCAUGAAAAUGAUCAGGAAUUAUAAACCCCUGAUGACGUCUGUGAGUCGGGUCAGAAUCCUAAUGAUCGGUCCUGUAGGUGCUGGAAAAUCCAGUUUCUUCAACUCCAUCAACUCCGUCUUCAUGGGCCGCAUGACCAGCAAAGCCAUGUCAGGAUCUGCAGGCACUAGUCUCACCACACAGUUUCGCACAUAUCCAGUGAAAGACGGUCGUGAGGGAAAGCCGUUGCCAUUUGUGUUGUGUGACACCAUGGGACUCGAGGAGCAAUCAGGUGCAGGACUGGAUAUUGAUGACAUCAGCAGCAUUCUUCAAGGUCACGUACCAGACCGCUAUAAAUUCAACCCCAUGUCACCAUUUCAACCGGAUGAGCAAAAGGCCUCCAGAUCUGCAUCUCUGCAGGAGAAGAUCCACUGUGUGGUGUAUGUGAUCGACGCCACCAAAAUCUCCCUCAUGUCUGACCAACUAGAGGAAAAACUCGCUGCCAUACGCAAAAAAGUGAACUCACUGGGCAUUCCCCAGAUGGUUUUGAUGACAAAAGUAGAUGAAGCAUGUCCUGAUGUGAUGGAAGAUCUUCAAAAUAUUUAUAUCACUUCUUACAUCAAGAUGAAGGUGCAGGAGGUGAGCUCUCGGUUGGGUGUGCCGGUGUCUUGUGUGUUACCGGUGAAGAACUACAGUCAGGAGCUGGAGCUGGAGCUAAAAUGUGACGUCCUGCUUCUCAUGGCGAUACAGCAGAUGCUCAACUUUGCAGACGACUAUCUGGAUGAUGUUGGUCACACAGAGAGCGACCCCAUAUAACGGGCUGCUGUUAUUUCAUUUCCUCAACUAUUCUGAGGCCAGAUUUGUGUUUGAGACUAAAAUGUAGAAUUUGUCUGCAACAAAUAUAACCACAAUUACAGAUUAUUUGAGUUAAUGUAAAACACAAAGAGUUCUGAUGUUACAACCUACUGUACAAUUCUGUGAAUGUUCUGUAUUCCUGUCACAUAACCAUUUAGUCACUUUUGCCAUCCACCAUAUUUUGUGAAUUUUGGGAUAUCACACAAAAACACUGGAUGGUGCCUUCACACAUAUUUCACAAAAUAUGAAGCGUUUACAGAAAGCGAAUGAUCCACUGCUGUAUUCUAUGUUUUAAAUUUGGAAAUGUUGUUACUAAAAAAUCAGCAUUGUGAAUUCUCUGUUUAUUAUCAAAGACUUUUCCGAUUAACUAAAAUUAAUUGUUUCUGAAAAUGCAAUGAAAAUAUAUUGUGAAAUAGUUCAUGAUAGGGUGGACAUAUAGUGGUUUGCUCAUACAUUGUCAGCUUACAAUUAACUUAUAAAAAGUGCUGGAACUUGACCAAAAUACAUUUCUAACAGCCUAGGUCUCUCCUUUACACAACACACAUGAAUAUAAAUGGAAAAUCCCAGCUUUUUAUCAUGUAAACUGAAGUGUCAAAGGCACUUUAUGGUGAUGGUGAUGUAGUGCGUUUAAAAGUGAAUAUGUCUAUGAAAGAUUGUACCAAAC